UUUAUAUACUUCGAGUCCUCUCCCCUUUAAAAUUUGGAAGGAGUGAACGAAUGAAACAAACACAUGCCGUUUACAGAAAGCUGAAUGCUUCACCUGAAACUCUUGCCACCUCUCUCCUCUUUCUUCUUCUCUCGUCGUGAUUCCUACAAAUAUCGCGAAUAAUUUGCAUCAAAAUCCGAUCUUGGCGAUCUGGGUUUCUCAAAUCUCAUCUGGGUUCUUCAGUUCUCGAACUAAAUUCGUUUCUCAAUUAAUAAUCGAAUAAAUAAAGACACUGAGACCGGUUUGUGUUGGGAUCUGUCGGCUCUGAGGCAUUGCGAUUACUACUGGGUCAUGUCUUACAGUAACCCAAACCCAAAUCCAGAGGCCUUCUACGGUUCACCGACAGCCACCACGAACUCUCCGGAGACGGUGCCGGAGCUUAAACUGUACCAAGCUUUCAUCUUCUCAGUGCCCAUCUGUUUCACAUUCAUUAUCCUCUUCUUGUUUUACUUGAUCUACCUUCGCCGCCACAGCGUCGAUUGGUCUUCUCUCGGAGUUCGAAGCAGUUUCAUCACCACCAAUAACACUCUCUCCGUGGCUGAAUUAGGGCUGAGCAAAGAAGUGAGAGGGAUGCUCCCCAUUGUCGUCUACAAGGAGAGCUUCUCCGUCACGGAUUCACAGUGCUCGGUUUGCUUGGGGGAUUACCAAGCGGAAGACAAGCUUCAACAAAUCCCAGCAUGUGGGCACACAUUCCACAUGGACUGUAUUGACCAGUGGCUCACAACGCACACCACUUGCCCUCUCUGCCGUCUCUCUCUUGUCCCCAAGUCCAGCCCGAGCCAGCCCCAUCACAGCCAAGACCCUUCUUCUCUCUCGGAGAUCACUGAUGAAGCAUCUGCUCGGCCAGAGCCCUGGUCUACUGAACAACCCGUAAACCAGAGCAGUGACGGCCAAGAACAGCCGAGGGAUCUGAAUGAGUGUAGCCACAAGGAAAAGGAUGAACGAACCACAGUAGGCGCUUCGGAUGCUUGUGAUGAUCCCAGACCUGGUUAAAAGGCUUUUUAGCCUCCUGGAUCUCCCUGUAAAGUGUUUGCUACUUUCUUCUUGUUUGUAACAUUAAUAGGAGUGAAAAGAGAGCGUGAUAUCAGAUGAAGGAAAAAUGGUAACUUGAAUAAGAACUGCGUGUUCUUCAUCAUCUUCUAGGUGUUUGGGAUCAACCCAUUUAAUGUGCGGAUUCAUCGAAACUCGCCGCAGAAAAACCGGCCUGACGGGUUUCAUCCCAAGGGGUUUAUCUUGUUUCA